AUGCAUUUCUAUUGCCAAUGCCUUAAUGUAACUAUUGAUGUGCUAGAAAUCAAUGAUAGCCAAGAAACACAGACAAAUGUUUUGGCCAAUGAGUUAAAGCGAUUUGUGAAUCUAAAAAAUGGAUGGCUUGAAUGUAAAAUAGCUACAGAGUUAGCAAUCCAUAUUGUAUGGCAAAAUUUAUUUCAAUCAAUAUCUCUCCGUGAUAUGAAACUAAACCGGUGCUUAGGUUGUAAUCAAUAUACACAUUUAACAAAUAUGAACAUGAACAGAAUAUUGAUCAAUAAAGAUCUACUUAAUGAUAAAACAGUUAAGAGAGCUUAUCUUGAUCCAAAUUAUUCACAAAUAACUAAAAUUGUACUACCACCGAGAGUCAAUAGUUCUCCUCGUAUGGCAAGUUCGCAAGAUGAAACUUGUCAACGUGAAUGUGAACUAGUUCAACAAAUUUAUCGUCAGUCAAUAGCGGAUGCAGAUCGAGAAAUAGAAGAAAAAAUCCAAAUCUAUCAACGUGAACAAGAACAAAUUUUGGAUAAAAAAACAAAGGUCAUUUAUAAAGAAUUGGAUCAUUUUUUACGUUUCAUGCGGACAAUACCUCGACAGGUGUCAAGUAAUAAAACAUCACCUGUAUUGCAAACAUCAAGUUCUUAUAUCAAUGAAAAUAGUAUGGAAUCAGGUUUGGGUUCGGAUAUAUUUGAUGCUAAUGGCGCAGAUUUCAGUCGUCAAUCAUCAACCUUCGAACGCGCAUUUUCUGAACGUACUAGUAAUCUAGAUGAGGACACAAUCGAUGAUCCUAUGUUUGAAAACACAGAUUGGUUUUCUGGUAAAGAUAGUUUGCCGAAUUUUGCGACAUCACUACCAAAAGAGAUUGCAUUUCGUUCCUGUGCAAUUUCUCAACAGAAUGAAAAUGAUAGUAACGAUCUUGAACGUAUUGGUAAAUCAUUUCGUGAAUUAAGUCAAUCAUUAAUGUGUACAGAUGGCACUGAAGUUUUCGGGGAUUUACCUUCGCCAAGACUCAACAGUCAACCAACGUAA